AUGGAGUCUCUUCCUGAAGAUAUCCAAUACGAUAUUCUGCUACGUCUGCCUCUUAAAACUUUGCUUGCAUGCAGUUGCGUCUGCAGGAAACUGAAGACUAUGAUCUGUGAUGAAAAAUUCAAAACUCGUUACUUGGAACCUAGUUUACUAAUGCUAUUCAUGACAAGAGACAUGGAUUCAGGUCCACAUUGGUUGUUCGACUCUGUUUGUACGGAACGGGGACAACAUACAGUUUCUGCACCCAUCAGAGGUUGGAUCUGUGUUCAAUCAGCAACUAAGUUGAGGCUAUACAACCCCAUUGCAAACAAGAUUUUGCGUCUACCGGUUUCCCUAGCGGGCCCCGAUGAGUGUCUAUUUGGAUACGAUGAAGCUAAUGGUGUAUUCAAGGUGUUAGGUUUCUUUAACUCAAGCUUUAAAGUUUACACGGUAACAUCGGGUAAUGGUGAAGGGUCUUGGAGACCGAUCGAAUGUGAGGAUCCUCAUAUGUAUGUCAUCCCUUCCGAUACGAAUCCGCCACUGUCAGUCACUAACGCACUGUGUAAAGGAGGAGUUUUAUACUAUGCAGCUAUAACAAUUCCAUAUCAUAGAACUAAAAUAAUGAGCUUCGACUUGAAUUCAGAAGAGUUUUCUGUUAAUAAAUUGCCUGAAGGAUUCAUACUUGAUGAUGAUUCUACAAUGGUGAACUAUAACGGGAAAGUGGCCUUGGUGAAUGACUCAGCGACCGAAUUGCAAAAAACUGGAGGGUUUAAGAUUUGUGUUAGGAACGAUGAUUCAGGAAAGUGGGAGUUAGAACGCGUUGUGAUUCCUGAUUGGAAAAACAAAUUUAGGCCGCAUGUUUUGACUUCUUUCGUAGGUACCCUUGGAACAGGAGAACUUGUAUUCACAGCACCAACCAGCUGGCCGCGUGGUGGAUCAGAGUAUGUGUUGUAUUACAAGACAGGCUCAUUAGGACUAAGCGGAACCUUUUUGUUGGAAGGAGAGGAUAUAGGAGCCUAUCACUCUGUUCGAGCCUGCUUGAAUCAUUUUGAAUGUCUUUUCCGUUCUACUACUUAA